CUAUCAGGAGCAGUGUCACUUACAAAGUGACAUACAUCGCAUUUAGUACCCGGCUCCUUAUUUUACCAGCCAAUGAGCUGGGAGGGCGUGGGCCGACACACAUCCCGAAACCUCACGGCAAUCCAUAUGCGCCAUUUUGAGUGUGGAAGGAGGAAAUACAUUCACAAACAGACUAAAUCACUCGAGCAGUUCGCGCACCGGAAGCAGCUUCAGACAAACUCCGGCGUGAAUUUGAUACAGUCAAGCAUCCACUCCUACAGACUGUCGAGCAGCGUUGGUUGCACAACUUCAUAUGCGUUGCGCAACUAUUGCCUCCAGUGUGUAUUGCCCCACCUGUCAUGGAGGGAGAGAGCUCUCAUGUUUCACGUUACGUAUCCCUGUGACGUCACAACAGGCGACACGUUAGUUAAGUAACUUUCUGCAGCCUCAGCGCUUCAAGUCUUCAGAUCAUUGCAUAAAGGAAAAGAAAAGUAAAUAGAUGGCUCUCAGAGGUGCUGUCACCCGUCUGCUCAACAACAGCCAAAUAUGUGCUGCUUUCACUGCAUCCAGAGCCCAGGGCACCGCUGCUACGGCUAUCAAAGAUGUCAAAGACAUCAAAAAGCCUGCGAAGGCACCCAAGGUGCUGUUCAACUGGCGGGAUGCCCUGAAUCUGGAGGGUCAACUGACAGAGGAGGAGAUCAUGAUCCGGGACUCCUUCCGCAACUACUGUCAGGAAAAACUCAUGCCCCGCGUCCUCAUGGCCAACAGACAUGAACAUUUCCACCGUGAGAUUGUCUCAGAGAUGGGAGAAUUGGGUGUCUUAGGCCCAACUAUUAAAGGGUACGGCUGUGCAGGCACUAGUUAUGUGGCGUACGGCUUGAUUGCCAGAGAGGUUGAGAGAGUGGACAGCGGAUAUCGGUCUGUCAUGAGUGUCCAGUCUUCACUGGUCAUGCACCCUAUCAAUGCUUAUGGCACCGAGGCCCAGAAGGACAAGUACCUGCCCCGGCUCGCUCGGGGAGAAAUCCUGGGCUGCUUUGGCUUGACAGAGCCCAACCACGGCAGUGAUCCCAGCAGUAUGGAGACCAAGGCCAAAUACAACCCAUCCAGCGGUACCUUCUCCAUCAGUGGAUCCAAGACCUGGAUCACAAAUUCCCCCGUGGCCGACAUUGCAGUGGUGUGGGCCAAGUGCGAAGAUGGCAAAGUGCGGGGUUUCAUCUUGGAGCGUGGAAUGAAGGGUUUUGCCACCCCCAAAAUUGAGGGCAAGUUUUCCCUGAGGGCGUCCGCCACUGGCAUGAUCCUGAUGGAUGAAGUGGAAGUUCCCCAGGAGAACCUACUGCCCAACGUCUCCGGUCUAGCUGGUCCCUUUGGCUGUUUGAACAACGCCCGGUAUGGCAUUGCAUGGGGAGCUCUGGGAGCUGCUGAAUUCUGCUUCCACGCUGCCCGGCAGUACACUCUGGACAGAAUCCAGUUUGGGGUGCCACUGGCCAGGAACCAGCUGAUGCAGAAGAAAAUGGCUGACAUGCUGACAGAGAUCACCCUUGGGCUUCAGUCAUGUCUGGUCUUGGGAAGACUUAUUGAUGAAAAGAAAGCAGCACCAGAUAUGAUCUCCAUGCUAAAGAGGAAUAGCUGUGGCAAAGCUUUGGAUGUUGCCAGACAAGCCAGAGACAUGCUGGGAGGAAAUGGCAUCUCAGAUGAGUACCACAUAAUCCGGCACGUCAUGAACCUGGAGGCCGUCAACACAUACGAGGGAACUCAUGACAUUCAUGCCUUGAUCCUGGGCAGAGCAAUCACCGGACUGCAGUCAUUCACUGUUGAAAAGUAACGGUUGAAUUGGACUUGAUUAGUGCUGUGCUAUCUGUUUCUCAUUUGGCAAGCUCAUAUGUGUAGAAACACAUCCCUGCUUCCGUUUGUCAUCUUUGGUGAACAUGUAAGGUCAACAUAACUAAGCAUUGGGUCCAACUGUGGUGACAUUUGUACAGUCGGGAUGUCUGAAAUAUACUUCAGGCACUGACUAUGCAUGGUGCAUGUAAAAGUUGUGGCAUUUUAAGUCAGUUUAUUUUGUGAUAAAUGGAUAAAAUGUAAAUAAAUGGCUUUGAAUUUGUGGAAAUAUACAGUAUGAGUGACUGUAGCUGAGAUACAGUAUAUAAAGAUGCCAUAUUAGAAACUUGCCCAAUUUGAAUUAAAUGAUCUUCUGUUCUGUCAUUUAACAUUAUCAUAUUAUGUAAGUUACUGUAGGUCCAAAGAGCCUUGUCAUCUGUGCUGACACCUGAGAGAUGAAUAAUGAGGUUAAUUUUGUUAUCCUUAGUUUUAUUAAUUGUAUCAACAGACACUGAAAUUGUAAUUAUAUAAAACAUGUUUUUUUAGGUUUACUUUUUGUAUUCUUUGACCGCAAUCAUGAGCUGUGAAGUGCACUACUGUCCUCAAAGACACAGUCUGGGGAAAGAGGAACUCAAAAAGAGUAAUCUUAUUCACUCAUGCAUUUGGAUAAAGUAAACUAUUCUGAAUACUCAACACAAUAAACUAAAGAACACAUUGACUAAUUCAGAACUA